GAAAAGUCAUCGCGGGGAUCCAGCUGAUGGUCGACGCGUUGGUCGGGCUUCCUCAGUUAUUGUUGGACCACGCGCUGGCUCGGAUUGCGCGAACGUCUCGUCUGGGCAAAUCCGGCCAGGCAAUUUGGAAAUUUUGCGGAAGUGGUCCAGGCGGCGACCUCGACUCCUUGGAUCGCGAGAAAUCUGCGGAAACCGAGAAGGAGGUGAAGCGAAGAUGAUACCGGAUACAGAGGCGGUGUGUCAGACUUCCGAGGCUGCGGUUGAUAGCGGCGACGAUAUGUACGAGAAGAUCAAGGACCGGCCGGAAAAGGAAGUGGCAUCGGUCACCGCCUGGAAGCGAUAUCAGCGGCUGGUGGCCGCGAUAGAGUCUCGGGGCGGCGAGUUCAACCGGAAGUCCCUGAUCGAGGCGAUCUUCCGCGGCAGCGAUCUCGUCUAUGCCAGUCAUUGAUCGGCGGGAUCAAUCGGAACGGGAAUUCUCUCGUGCAAUCUCAUGUCGAUCGACACCAAAGUGCCAGUAUCGAGUCGCGAACGAGCAGUGGCGUAGAAUUUGCGUGUCGCAAAAAUCGAGAAAAAAUCGUAGCGCUUCUUUGAAUCUUCUCCGAGUGUCCGAGUAUCUGUAUACUUUUGCGAGUGUAUAAGAAAAUGAUAUUUACAUGAAUCCUUCAUAUAUCGAAAUGAUAAAAAAUUACGAGCAAUUAUUUUACUUUGUAAAAGAUCUCUAUAAAAGGUUAAUAGUUGCUCAUUAGAAGAUAGCAAUUAUUCACGCAAUCAUUUAUCGCUCACAAAGAUUAAAAAUUCAUUAAUUGAAAUUUUAUUCUGUAAGUAGAUAUACAAUAUGUAACGCCAUUCACAUUCUUAUUAUUCUUCGAUGUUAUGAAAAUUUUUAUUAUGUAAUGACGUUAAAAAAGUAGGGUGUAAGAGCAGUUUAACGCGGGCAUGUGGCUGUGUAUUAUAGUUCGACGUCGCAGGUGCAUUUAUUUUUAGACUUUAUUUAGUGAGGAGAAUUUACUGGUUCCGGGAGGCGAAUGCUUUCGUAGGUCUAUACAUGUAAAAUGGAUAUUAUUACAUAUAUACGGAUGUCCUUGGAGGAGAAGAAACGAAGCCAAGUCUUUUUGUGGGACACAUACGCGUUGUCAUUAACAUUCAAAUCUAAAUUGCAUUAACACGUUAUUAUUAUCUACAUAUUUUCAAGUAGAAAAGAAACUAAAUAGCUAUGUAAUGGGAGCAAAAAUAUAUAUAUAUAUAUAUAUAUAUAUAUAGGUACAGCGAGAAAGACGAAAGUAAAGACAGCGUAAGUAGCCUCGAGAUGUGAAAUCUUUCGAAAAUAUGAAAUUAUUACCUUCGACGAAGAGAUACACCAGGUGUUUAAUAUAGAAAUCUUCGUAAUAGUCCACUUAAAAAGUAAAACAUUUCCGGCGAUUUAUGCGAUUCGUGAAUGUAAAUUAACGCGAGCGAACACACCGUGUUUCUACGCCACUGGCUAACGCAAUCGUAGAUAGAGAUACGAUCAACAAUGCCAAACCGUGUAUUACUAGUCAGCAUAAUAAAUCGCAGAUAGAGUAGGAUAGAUCGUUUAAUUAGGCAAUUAUGGCAACGCGGCGACGAUUACGGCGUCUCUAUCAUGCGACAGAUGAUGGAGGGCGUGUCUGUAAUCUAUCACAUGAGCUCAUGUGACAUUGCUAUGCUCGAAUCUUGCCAGUAACAUUUAUUAAGUGUGAUAGAAAAAAAAGAAAAAAAAACAAUACGCGAGGAAGACCAAAGUUAAUUAAUUAUGUAAACAUAAAAUGAUUACAUUCUCGAGAGAUUAAGAUGUAAUUCAACGAUAUGUAGAUAUGCGUAAGCAGUGGUCUCUUAAAUAUUGCAAAUGAGAAACGAUUUGAAUAAAUUUAAUAAAGUAAAUUAUAUACAUGUUUAUCUCUUUCAGCGUCGUGUCCUAUUACCAAGUUAUAAUUAGUUUUUUUUUUUACACAUCUUCAAGCAAAGAUAUUAAGUUUUUUUUAUACUUUGACACAAUUUUUUAGCCUUGCCGUGCCAAAUGAGAUGAAGAGGCGACUGCUGAAACUCUUUUGUAUAAACCCAGAAAUAAAAUAUAUUUGCAAUUAAUUUA